AUGUCAAUCAAUCAAAAUGUAUUGAGAUCAGAUAUCACCGUUAUAACAGAAGAAGUUAAAUAUGAAAAUCAAGUAACCAAGCAUUAUAUGCUAGAUGGUAUAAUGAUUUGGAAAAUAGCUAAUGUUCGCGAAAAAACCUAUGACGCACAAUCUGAACGUCAAAUAAGUAUUUAUACACCAGCAUUCUAUACGUCAACAACAGGAUAUAAACUAUGUAUUCGACUGUAUCUUAAUGGCGAUGGCAACGCACGAGGGACACAUAUAUCUAUUUUUCUAGUUGUUCUUCGAGGUAAAUAUGAUGCACUAUUAAAAUGGCCAUUCUCCUAUCGUGUAUCAUUUUGUCUCUUUGAUCAACGAACUAUGCUUGAAUCAGAUGAUACAAAACAAGCCAAACAUAUUACUGAAUCAUUUAGACCUGAUACACGAAGUACCAGUUUUCAACGACCAUGUUCAUCAAUGAAUAUUGCAUCAGGCAUUUCUAAAUUUUGUUCUUUAGUUGAUUUUAAUCAACCAUUAGAAACAAAUCGAUAUAUCAUUAAUGAUAUAAUGUUCAUUAAAGUUUUCAUAGAUUUUAUUGGAAUACCGAAAUCAAUGAUUUCCUUUAUUUUUAAUCUUAAUUGUGCUUUACCUAUGCAAAUACAGCAAAAAUUAAUUGAUGAAGAAAUGGAACGUCGUAAAUUGCAUAAUACUCCUUAA